UCUGUGCUUCAAGAGGCAACCCCUGCGCAGUAGCCAGCUAGCUAAACUCAGCUGCAAGAGGACGACCUUAGUGUCCAAGUGACCAUAUUUGCUGAGAUAUUAGCCAUUUUAUCUUAAAGUGCGUGUAUAAAUCGUGGGGUCGAAGUUCUGCAUUCUGAGAGUGUGCUGCUGGAGAUUGUAGUUUUUGCUGAGAGCACCCACGACACCUGCCCGCAUACACUGGCCCCGCCCUCAGUGUCAAACAACUGACAGACGACUGCCCUGCACACAGACGCAAUGGAUCGCUCUCCCACCACCAGCAGCCUAAUGGCCAGCAACGUCACCAACAAGACAGACCCGCGCUCCCUCAACUCUCGGGUCUUCAUCGGCAACCUCAACACCCUACUGGUGACCAAGGCAGAUGUGGAAGCCAUCUUCUCCAAGUACGGCAAGAUCGUGGGCUGCUCUGUCCACAAAGGCUUUGCCUUCGUCCAGUAUGCCAACGAGAGGAACGCGCGCGCCGCUGUUGCCGGGGAGGAUGGCAGAAUGAUCGUUGGACAGGUGCUGGACAUCAACUUGGCUGGGGAACCCAAACCUCACAGGUCAAAGACCACAAAGCGCUCCGCAGGAGACAUGUACAGUGGUUCCUCAUUCGAUCUUGACUAUGACUUUCAGAGGGAUUACUACGACAGGGUGUACUCCUAUCCGUCCCGAGUGCCCCCUCCCCCACCCCCUCUAUCGAGGGCUGUGAUCCCCUCAAAGCGCCCUCGGGUCAGCAUGAGUGGUGGUGGGGGCGGGGGCGGCGGCGGCGGCGGCGGCGGCGGCAGCCGCCGCACCAAGACUAGCAGCUUCUCCUCCUAUAAGAGCAGCCAGAGGACCUCAUCAUCCAGAACCAUGAAGGUAGAUGAACUGCAGACCAUUAAGAAGGAGCUGACCCAGAUCAAACACAAGGUGGACUACCUUCUGGAAAGCCUGGACCGCAUGGAGAAGGACCACAGCAAGAAGUCAGAAGGGAAGAGUUCAAAGCCAGAGCCUGGGGAGGUGUCUUCAAUGCAGGUCUCCAACACAAAGAAGGAGGACAGCAAUAAGAGGGAGAGAGAGAGGGAUCUCAAUGACACUGAUGAAGAGGGAGACCUGCUAGAGGACGAGGAGUUGAAGAGUCAAGAAAGAGAGGAGGAUGAAGAUGAGGAGGAAGAAGAGGAAGGAGAGCAUGUGGAUGGAGAUGACGACGACGGGGAGAGUGUCAACGGAGACGAGGACUCUUAGAUGUAAUCACGCUACCAAGACAGACAUCCACUCCACUUCCAGUGGAUUGCAGACUCCUCUUCUAAUACACUACUACUAAGCAGAAGAAGAAGAAAGACAUCAAUGCAGACACACAAACACACACACAACAUGCAUAACAACCCUCACUGUUGUUCAAUUUAUAUUUUUCUUGAGAUUAAAUUUGUCCCUUUGGCUGUCCUUGUGUGAUUAUACAUCUAGCGUUGUCGUGCAGGUAGAGGAGCUGUAAAUGUAGCUUGCAGUUUGAUUGUACUCUGUUCUUUUGUUCAACCAACAUAGGGCAAGAACUAGGGUUAGUGGUUUUCUGAAACCCAAAGUCAGUAUGGUUUGACACGACUGGAUUUGAUGUGAUGAGAAAUGACCGACAUAAAAUUGUUUUUAAGUUUAAAGACAUUACUUUAUUUUUAGGUGUGGCCCCAUUCAAGUUUGUUACUUGUUUUCAUGUCACUGUUUUUUAUACUAUUCAGUCUCUGUUGUACUGUGAUAAUAAAUUGCAAUAAAAUAUUAA